AUGUCAUCGGGGAAAUCCUCUGAGUUUGGAAAUAGUUGUGUAACAAUUUGGGAUUCUGGGAAAAGAAUGGAUUUUUCAGGCUUUCUCAUUAAUGAUCCAGUAUGGAAGUUAGACCAAGGUAAUGCUGUUUCGGAGAUUCUCAUCGAUCAUCCAACUACUCUUAGUAAUUAUGUUCCAGUCAAUCUUGGCGAUUAUGAUCAUCCCAUCAUCAUCGAGGAUGAUGAUGAUUAA